AUAUAGGAUGUAGAUUUAACAUAACCAACAACGAGGUAGCUAGUAUAUGCCAUUCACUCUAAGAACUGGCAACUUUCAGUCAAAAUGCAAGUCUCAAGCUUCUUUCUGCUAUUAACUGUUGUCACCACUGUCACAGCACAAUCAGAAUAUUUAGACGAACAACUUCGUCUUCCUGAAGUAACAGACACACUUCUUGAGUACUGUCACCAUGGAGAAUGGAGAUGGAUCUGUCAUGAUGAAAGUCAGUGGAACAAAAUUGAGAUAUCAGAAGCUAUUUGUGAACAACUUGGAUAUUCGAAUCCUUUUGCACAAGCAAUGGAGUAUUCCACGCAUAAUGGGGAAAGAAGAGUAGUCACUCUGAGUGACUGUAAUGGGCGAAGAGUAAAAAAGUGCACAGUGACACCCAGUAAAAGUUGUAACUCGGUUGUGCAUCUAAGGUGUAUCACAGACAACAGUGACAAAUGUGCUGAUGGAGAGAUAAGACUGGUGGGUGGAUCAACUGACAGAGAGGGACGAGUGGAGGUGUGUGUGGGUGGUCGCUGGAGGACAGUUUGCACUGGCAGUCAAGACCUGGCAGGAGCCAUUUGCUCACAAAUGGGAUACAUCUUUGAAGAAAGCACUGUUAUUAAUUCAUAUCCUCCUGGAGCAUUCCCAGAGUAUAGACUAAACUGUACACAACUAAGCAAUAGAGCAUGGCACUGUAGUCCAGUUGAACAACAAUGUGACAGCUUUGUGGAGCUUGGAGUUGUUUGUAUAAACUAUGAAGAGUUUUAUCAACGUUCAAGGAACAGCACACCAUUUACACAGUUGCCUCCUAUAGAAUGCACCCCCAGCAAUGAAAGAGGCACUACAUGUGCUGACAUUUCCACCACCCUCUUUGCUGGCAUUGGUGCGCUGGUGGCUCUGUUACUAAGUGUAUCAGUUGGUUGGAUGGUGUCCUGUGUUAUUCUACUCAGGAGAGGACACCCUGUGCACAAACAACAUGCUGAUUCAGGUACUAUCUCAACAAGGAGCAAUCAGAGCCACACACAACAGGACAUCAACACACAGCUCUACGCUGAGGCCACCCCUCCUGAUACUACCUACAGUAGACUGAACAGAAGUGAUAAACAGACGGAGGAAAUUGCUACCUACGAUUACGCUGAUCCCAACCAGAUAAGAGCAGAGUGUUCCCAAGCAACCAAUCCACCACCAGUGACUGGUGAAGCUAUCGUGAGAGAAGAGGAGUUCUACAUUGCUGAGGAUCACACGUACGCAGCUGUCAAUAAAAAAGCCAAGAAGAAAAAGAAGCCGAAGAAUGCAGAAUCUGACGGAGAGGGAGAGAGUGAAGCCCCGCCUCCUUUUCUCAGCACCCUGGCGGAAGUGUAAGGUGGGGGUGACGAAACACUGUGAACUGAGAGUAAGUCAAAUGUUUAACUGACUGACUGAAAUUAAAUGUAAAACAUUCAUAUAGUAGCUUUAGUAUAAUCAUUAUAAUUAUGUACAGAGAGAGAUUGAAUACAUGAUUCAUUACAAAUUAGUACAAUAAUUAUUAUAUAUAUAGAGAGAGAAACGAUUCAUUACACCAAAAAGUUAUAAGAGUACUUAUACAUACUUAUACGUUUACUCUAAAGAGUAAACCUUCUAAGUCGCAGUUUAAGAAGGAAGUAUAUAAAGAUCACUCUUACUAGCUCUUAUUAGUCAACAUGACAGUUUUGAACAUACUACUCCUAUCUAUCGUCAUUAUUACUUCAACUCAACAACAACAAGAACGUUUAAAUGGACAACUUCGAGAAACUACUUCUAAUUCCCUGGAGUACUGCAUGUUACCAUGCCAUGGAGAAUGGACAUUCAUGUCAUGAUGACGGUCAGUGGAACCAAGAGAGGACAAUUGCAUGCACACAACUGGGUUACAGUAACUCUGGUGGUAAGUUAGUUAUGAAGUGAGGAGUAGAAUAGCUUGUGUAUGGAAUAGCAAAUGGACCAUGUGGUACUACUACACAAAGAAAAGUUGUCACACUGACUAACCACAGUGAACCAGGACAGCAUCUCACAGAAUGUAUGGUCAUGGCCAGUGACAACUGUACUAGAGUAGACUACCGAAUUUUGUCAGACGUCAAUAAUUGUCAGCUUAAAGUGUGUAUAAUUGCACGAACAAAAUGAGAUUGAUUCUAACUAACUGCACACACCAAUAGGUAGCUAUGGGACUACUAACUAGUGAAAAUUUGGAUGGGCCAAGUCGCUUCCAGUCGGAGCUGUGAUCACUAGAAAAACUGUCCAAUCAUUUUGAUUUUCGGCGAGUGUAUUCUUAUAGUAAAUCUAGUUAGAUGUGCUACUGCAUGAACUGUCACUCUAAAUGUUGAUUAGCUGGUUGUUAUGUUUCUUUGAGUGCAUUAAGACUUGAACGACAGCCUUUUAAAUAUGAAUAGAUUAUGAAAAGGUACAGAACUUGCAUUCACAACUCAUGUAUAUUCUCCAAGACCAUCCCCUUCCUUUUCUGCAUGACAGCAGAUAAUAACAUGAACUACCGCAACUAGUGUUUCCUGUUGACAUGAUUAUAUCAAAUGCUGUACUCAACUUUUAGUCUCGCAUUACAGUUAUAUACUUCUCUCUAAGCUGUAACAAACAAAGCAGUAUAAAAGAGUGACUCACUAUGACCAGUAUGACUGUUCACUGUGUAGUAAUCAUUGGAAUGCUACUGUUGUUAAUCAUUUCAACUAUCGGCACUGCUCAACAAGAGUGCUUCAAUGGACAAGUCCGUAAACUUGUUUCUAAUCUCCUUGAGUAUUAUUACAACGGAGAAUGGAGAUUGGUCUAUUACUCAGAGAGUCAGUGGAGUCCGGAUAUGACAAGGGCUGUGUGUGCACAACUGGGCUACCACGAUUUUUUCGGUAGUUAUAAUAAUUAUAAUUAUAUAGCGUGUAUGAAGUAUACACAGUCGGCAUAAUUAUUUCUAAUAGUAACGCUGAAAGGGUCACGUCAGAGUGGUGCAGGAAAAUUUAUCACUCUGAGUGAAUGCAACAAAACAGGACUAACAGGAUGCAUAGAGACGCCCAGUGAAGACAACUGUACUGAGUGCUCUCUUGUGUUUCUACAGUGUAUCGCAGCUAACUGUGCUGAUGGAGAGAUAAGACUGGUGAGUGGAUCCACUGACAGAGAGGAGCGAGUGGAGGUGUGUGUAGGAAGUCCCCAAACUUUAUGGAGGACAGUUUGCACUGGCAGUCAAGAACUGGCAGGAGCCGUUUGUUCACAAAUGGGAUACAUCUUUGAAGGAGGCACUGUGGCAUUGCCUGACGUAUUUCCUCCUGGAACAUUUCCAGAGCACAGAUUAAACUGUACACAACUAAGCAAUGGAGCAUGGCACUGUAGUCCAGUUGAACAACAAUGUGACAGCUUUGUGGAGCUUGGAGUUGUUUGUAAGAGCUAUGAAAAUCUGUACGAUGAAUGUUCAACGAACUGUACACUGUCAAAAUUGUCAGUAACUACACAGUAACCUACCACCAAGCAAGUUACUACUCAAAAGGAAGCUGUUUGUGCUAACAAUUCAACUGUGACUGUAAUCACUCCAGUGGUAUGCACAUGUACUGAUGACAACAAGUCUACAUGUGCUGACAAUUCCACCACCUUCAUUGCUGUCAUUGGUGUACUGGUAGCGGUGUUACUAGCUGUAUCAGUUGGUUGGAUAGUGUCCUGUGUUAUUCUACUCAGGAGAGGACAGACUGUGCACAAACAACAUGUUGAUGCAGGUACUAUCUCAACAAGGAGCGAUCAGAGCUACACACAACAGGACAUCAACACACAGCUCUACGCUGAGGCCACCCCUCCUGAUACAACCUACAGUAGACUGAACAGAAGUGAUAAACAGACGGAGGAAAUUGCUACCUACGAUUACGCUGAUCCCAACCAGAUAAGAGUAGAGUGUUCCCAAGCAACCAACCCACCACCAGUGAGUGGUGAAGCUAUCGUGAGAGAAGAGGAAUUCUACAUUACUGAGGAUCACACAUACGCAGCUGUCAAUAAGAAAGCCAAGAAGAAAAAGAAA